AUGUCAUCAUUAUUUUGCCAGGCUACCCAUCCUGUAUACAAGCAGAUGCAGCCUAGCUUACACUAUCUGGCCUCUGGCUCAUCAGCAUUAGAGCAAAUUGUGCAGCUCUGUUCUGCUACUGUUAUUAUUCUCGAAUGCUCUUUCCACAUCUGGGACCAACGACGUUCUCUCAAGGACUGGAAAGGGUCCGAAGACUGCGUUCGCAUUGCUGUAGAUCAUUACAUGAGAUCUCCGCAUGCAGCUGCCGUCAGGGACGCUGUGGGCACUGCCAUCCAUACAUAUCAGGCAAACUCGUCUAUCGAAAGCUCUCAGAAGACGGCGGAGUUAACCAAAACUCUUGUUGAAGUCACUUUGCAUCAUCGCUUGCGUCUUGAUGCUAGGAAGCAUAGCGCCAUGUUGAUAAUGUUCGGAAUUGAGCUGAAUGUGUGCUGUGGCGAAUAG